UGCCUCACCCGAUGGAUGCUGUGGCUGUGCCUCACCUGAUGGAUGCUGUGGCUGUGCCUCACCCGAUGGAUGCUGUGGCUGUGCCUCACCCGAUGGAUGCUGUGGCCGUGCCUCACCCGAUGGAUGCUGUGGCUGUGCCUCACCCGAUGGAUGUUGUGGCUGUGGAUCUGAAUGAAAUGCCUGAAGAUUGGUCUGAGGAAGACACAUACAAGCUUGUGAUGCUGUAUAAGGAGCAUGAGUGUUUGUGGAACAUGCAUAGUAAAAUGUUCAAGAACAGGAAUGCAAGACAGAAAGCUCUCAAUGACAUACGUGUGAAAAUGGAAAUGAAUAACUUUGGGAUAUAUGAUGUCAAACAGAAAAUUAGAAGCUUAAGGGUAACAUUACAGCAAGAACUGAAUAAAGUAAAAAAAUCUGAAGAAUCAGGUGCUGGCACACGAGAUGUGUACAAGCCUGCAAUGAAAUGGUUUCCAAUAAUGAAAGACCUCAUGGAUCACGGACAAAAGAGACGAAAGUCUCUCAAAAAAUUGGAUAAAGCAGCUGAGGCACCAGAGCAGAAGAACCAUGGCAUCAUAUUACAAGCCUUGCAGCAUAAGGCAGCUGAGGCACCUGAGCAGAAGAAACAUGCCGUCCUGUUUUGUACCUUGCAGGAUAAAGCAGCUACGUCACCUGAGCAGAAGAAACAUGCUGUCCUAUUUUGUACCUUGCAGAAUAAAGCAGCUACGGCACCAGAACAGAAGAACCAUGGCAUCAGAUUACAAGCCCUGCAGGAUAAAGCAACCAAGGCACCAGGGCAUAAAGACCAUGGCAUCAGAUUACAAGCCCUGCAGGAUAAAGCAACCAAGGCACCAGGGCAUAAAGACCAUGGCAUCAUCUUACAAGCCCUGCAGGAUAAAGUAACCAUGGCACCAGGGCAUACAGACCAUGGCAUCAGAUUACAAGCCCUGCAGGAUAAAGCAACCAAGGCACCAGAGCAUAAAGACCAUGGCAUUAGAUUACAAGCCCUGCAGGAUAAAGCAACCAAGGCACCAGGGCAUAAAGACCAUGGCAUCAGAUUACAAGCCCUGCAGGAUAAAGCAACCAAGGCACCAGGGCAUACAGACCAUGGCAUCAGAUUACAAGCCCUGCAGGAUAAAGCAACCAAGGCACCAGGGCAUAAAGACCAUGGCAUCAGAUUACAAGCCCUGCAGGAUAAAGCAACCAAGGCACCAGAGCAUACAGACCAUGGCAUCAGAUUACAAGCCCUGCAGGAUAAAGCAACCAAGGCACCAGGGCAUAAAGACCAUGGCAUUAGAUUACAAGCCCUGCAGGAUAAAGCAACCAAGGCACCAGGGCAUAAAGACCAUGGCAUUAGAUUACAAGCCUUGCAGGAUAAAGCAAUCAAGGCACUAGAGCAUAAAGACCAUGGCGUCAAAUUUCGUUCCUCGCAAGAUAAAGGAGAUCAUUCACCAGAGCGGAAGAACCAUAGCAUCAUAUUACAAGCCUUGCAGGAUAAAGCAACUAAGGGAACAGAGCAUAAAGACCAUGGCAUCAUAUUUCGUGUUUUGCAGGUUAAACCAGCUGCAGCACCAGAGCAGAUGAACCAUAGCAUUCAGAGCGAUACAGAAAGUGAGUCUACCCUUUCUGCGCACUCCCCUCUACCUGCAGACAUUCAUGGGACAUCUUUGCAGCAAGAAGGAUCUAGCAAACUAAUCAGUGAAAUAGCAGCAGCCUUAAAGGAGCUUAAAGAGCUAAAUAAAGCCACCAAUAAUCCUAAACUAGUCGAUGAUGUGUGUGAAACAUUUGGAAGACACAUUGUAGCUCAGUUAAAAAAACUAAACCCUGAAAACUGCAUCAUGGCUCAGGAGGACAUACAGCAGGUGUUGAUGAAGUACAGGCGCGCAGAACUCUCAUCCAACAACUCGGGUUCUGCGCCACCUUGAGUUUCUCCCCGGCCCAUUCCAGUCAGUAAAUAAUCAUGGGUCCUAUAGCAACUCCUUCAGUUUCUCCUGCCCAUCACUUUCAGUCACUCUUUUUCAAUGCCUCUUCCAUAUCCAUAUCCAAACACUGAAAAUUCAUGACCACUGGAAGUCUCAGUGAGUUUGGCGAUGGUUAAAUGUAAAACCAAUACUGUAAUUAUUUGUUAAAUUUCACUACUUGUAUAAAUUGUGAAACCAACACAUGUAUUUACACAUUUCAAUGAAAUUUGUUAUAUAUACUAUUUUUUUUUUAUAUGCUUGAGAGCAGGAUUUUUUCUAGUAACAAGAAUAAACUAUGCAUCAAAUUUACUUACAUAUAUUUCCAUGAAGGUACAUCGUUAUUAUUUCUGUGCUAGAGUGGAAAUCUAUAUUGUAACAAAUAAUCAUGACAGGAAAAUACAAUAUAUACCAUCAGUUAUAAGGAUGAGUAUAUAUAAUAGUUCAAAACUUUUUUAAUUUUCCUUACCUCCUUUCCUUUCCUUGCACCUUGUUGUAGAUUGUCACAUACUUCAGGGAUUACUGUUGGCUUAGAAAUUGCAACAAUGGAAAUCUGAAACUGAUGCUGCAGAUUUAUGAAAGAAUUUCCCUCUGCUUGAUAUGUUCCGAUUUGCUUCUUGCUGGUAAUGCAUCUCACAUCAAGGCAUCAUAUUUCUGUAUUUCUGGAUCUAUUGCAUCAAAUAUAAAAAAUACCAAUAAAAAAACUCUGGGACAUCUCAUGCAUGCUCUUUAUUCAUUGUGAUCUUUCACAUUAAGUUUUUUUAAAAGGGAUGCAUAAGACCGAUGUUCAUUUCUUUGUUUUAUCCACUCCCUUACUCAUACUCACUCUUCUUUUUUAAUUAAUUAACAGGGGGCAUAUGCCAGGGGGUGCAUUGCUCCACUCACCUGCCACCUCUAUUCCCAGUGGUCCCUCAGAGCAGUUACCCUUCCCACUCUAAGUCACUCUUGGUAAGAUACAUAGGAAUACUUAGGAAGAACAGACACCAGAAGACCUGUCGGUCUAUGGCGAGGGUGUCUGUUUACUACUGCUACUACUAGUGAUCUAUGUGUGGUAGGACAGGAUAGAAUAGAUGAAGGCUCCCCCCACCCACCUCUCCCUCCGGCAACGUGCCGGCAGGAAAUAGUUAGAAGAGAACACCAUGUGGCUUUAAGGAAGAAAGGGAAAUGGAAAUUUUACAGUAAAGAGAGAAAUAACAGGAAAUUACUACCCUUAGAUCAACUUACACCAGCCAUGAGUUAUGUAUGGGGUGUCCCCUUGAUCUCCUCCACUCAGGGUUGUCUCGUACAAAAACAAUCCUAUGAGCAGGAUUGAUAUUCAGAAAGCAUGUCAUGUGCCCAUAUAGCUGGGGCUGGCAUUCACAAACUAAAGUGGUAACAGGCCCUGAUUCAGUUUCAGGAAGCAGUCACUGGUUCAGCAUGAAGCCAUUCCAGCAAUACCCCAAGAUACUGUGAAGGCAUUUGGUACCAAAGGCAACGACAUGCUUCUCCAAGUCAAUGUCCAUGUCUCACAGCUAUACAGUAAGACAAGGAGCACAAGUGACAAAGA